AGCUGUGGAUUCUGUGUAGCCGGUUAGAUAGCUACUUCGGUUUAACACCAACGAUGAAGAAGUGAAGCAAGGCAGCGCCGUUUUCCCUAAUCGCAAACCAAAUCAUUUAACAUUGGAGGGGUUCGAGUUCACAGAGCACUGACAGGAUCUGAACUGAGGAGGAGACGACAGCGUGACAUCCCUAUUUUAGAUGUUUCUUAUUAAGGCAGGUUUGGGGACAGCUAUACCGUGGGUCCUUGUUUCGUUUGCUUUUUGGUAGCACGACAGUGACCUUAUCGACUCCAUGUUGUCCUCUCGAAUUGAUUGUUUUGUGCUCAUCUUUUUAUUCCGUUAUGUUAGAUAGUUGUAUUUUGAAUGGUCACUUUAUGGCCAGCAUCUUUAAGAUGUAACAUUAUCGCUGUUAGUGACGAAUACAUGUUUACUGUGAAAAUUACUUGAAAAAAGUCAGGCCGGUCUAUGCCGGUGAUUGCACUUAAUUUUUACGUCCAACGCAACGUAUUGCGUUAAUUAGCUAGCUAGCUGCAUUUUUACAAAUUGAACUGAAGCACUUUUUAAAAUCAUUUUCUUUAUCAUCAAAGUCGUUGCUAGUAGCAUAUUUGCACUGACAUAAGCUAUCAAGUGAGGUAGCUAACUGUACUACGGCAGAUACAUUGAUAUAGAUACCUAACUGGUUCAGAUAGGCUGUUCUUUUUACUUUUAAUGGCUACUAGCUAGUUAGCGAUGUAAGUAAUUACCAGACCACAUGACCCACCAUAAGUAACUAGCAAGCUAUUGGUAGUUCCUCCAUGGUCGUGUGUCUAUUCUUGAAUUUCUGUUUUUAUCAUUGUAGUGUUAAUUUUUCCGCCAGUUAGCUUGGCUGGAAGCUGCAAGAGGUGUUCUGCUUCAGGUAGGCCAUUUUUCCCCCGUGGUAGCUACGCGGUCAAACCUGAAGUUUUUGUUGGCUUGUGGGUGGGCAGUUGUCAUUUGCUUCGUUGAUUCACUUGGCUGUCACCAGUGGUUUGUCAUGCUGCUGUCCUAUUCUGAACUGUGGAAAGUAUGCGUGGAUUACGUCUUCAGACCUUAUACUAUGGUCGUCGGCACCAUCACAGCCGUCGCUUAUUACCUCUGGGGAUGUGAGGGUGAGACGCCGAUCCUGGUGUGCAGCGAUGGGUUCCGUGUCUUCCUGGAACGCCACUGUCCCGUGGUGGCCGAACGGUUCCGGCCCACGCCUUGGUGCUGGGGCGGCCGGCUGCAGACCCUGGUCCGCGUGCUCAUCAAGUCCAGCCCGUCGGUGACAUACAGGAAUGAGCUGAUCAAAACCAGGGAUGGGGGUCAGAUCUCUCUUGACUGGGUGGACAACGCAAGCAGCACCACCUACCCAGAGGGUUCCACUCGGCCCACCGUGCUGAUUCUGCCGGGCCUGACGGGAAACAGCCAGCAGACGUACGUUCUGCAUGCUGUGAGCCAGGCAACUCGCCGAGGCUACAGAUCUGUGGUGUUUAAUAACAGAGGCUUUGGGGGGGAAGAGUUACUGACUCCCCUAACGUUCUGUGCAGCUGACACCUCCGACCUGGAGCGCGUGAUCCAGCAUGUGAGGGAGCUCUUUCCACAGGCACCGCUGCUGGGGACGGGGGUCUCCCUGGGGGGGAUGCUGCUGUUAAACUACCUGGCUCGAAAGGGCAGCGAAGCGGGGCUGCUGGCGGGGCUCACCAUGUCUGUCAGCUGGGACACGCUGGAGUCCUGCGCCUCCCUGGAGAGGCCAAUCAACCGGCUGCUUUUCAACAGGCACCUCACCGGGAACCUGUGCCGCGCCAUCAACAGGCACAGAAAGAUGCUGGAGACCGUGGUGGACGUGGAGCACGUGCUGAAGGCUCGGACCAUCCGUGAGUUCGACGAGCGGUACACCUCCGUUAUGUUUGGCUACAAGUCCUGUCGGGACUACUACGUGGACGCCAGCCCUGGAUACAAGCUGCCCCAAACUGCUAUUCCCGUGCUGUGCCUUAAUGCUGCUGACGACCCUUUCUCCCCCAAACACGCCCUCCCUCUUUCCCUGGCCCAACGCCUGCCCAACGUCGCGCUCCUGGUGACUGCCCACGGCGGCCACAUCGGCUUCCUGGAGGGCCUCUUCCCCCGAGGAGAGGGCUACAUGGACCGGCUCUUCGGCCAGUUCAUCCAGGCGGCGUUUGAACACCCCGGGGACCUGAAGGGGGCCUGCGGGAUCAGGGACGACCCCACCGGCGGGCUGCCCCCAGCUUCCUCGGCGGGCCGGUCACCUGAGCGGGCCCGCGUAUGAAGAAAGAUUACUUCCGUUGCACUCAGUAACACAACCAUAACCCCAUCACCCCCCACAUCUCAGGCUCUCAUCAGUAAUAAGAAAUUUAAAAGGACUAAGCACAGGCCAACAGUACAACAGUUUGUAAUCUGGCCUCAUAGCUGAAUGAUCACACUUUCAGGAUGACCUAUAGAUCACAGAUGACUUACAGAACUAAUGCCUUAUCGAUCUGUAAAUUAGAGUUGCAGGCCUCCCAUUGUCGUAGUUAAAUGUGAGAGUUUGUCUGAACAGUGUUUGGUUGUUCCUGUCAGAACCUGGAGCGGGAGUAGAGCAGGAAUGUG